AUGGACGCGGUUGAGAAAAACCCGAACAGAUCAAGUACCACUCAAUACCAAAUGCACUGCCGUAGUGGAUUCUGUUACUACGUCAAGUGUUUCAACAAUUCCAUUUACAAACUUCUUCUAGCAGAUGUGGUGGAAAACUUCAGAAAGGUUUGUAAGACCAACUACGGGCUGGAUCCUAUGUGGUACUAUACAGCACCCGGGCUGGCAUGGGGCGCUGCGCUGAAGUUAACCGGUGUGGAGCUGGAUCUUCUCUCCGAUCAGGAUAAUUACCUAUUUAUCGAAAAGGGUAUUCGUGGUGGGAUCAGCACCAUUACCAAAAGGUAUGCCAAGGCAGAUAAUAAGUAUAUUAGACCUCCUAAGGACCUAACUGGGCUGGAAAGGUUUAAAAAGUGGAUAGUGAAAAGGUUUCCGGUCUACCAGCCGUGA